CGGGCGGCCCCGGCGGCGCGUGGCGGCGCUCGGCCUUCUCGGCGGCGGCCCGGUCGUUGGCGGCAGCGCGUGUGCGCCUGCGCGGCGGGCUCCGCGCCCCCUCCCGGCGCCCCCUCCCGGCGCCCCCUCCCGGCCCCGGCGGCGUGAGCAUGGCGGCGUCGGCGGCGGCGGCCUCGGCGGCCCAGGCGGCGGUCUCGGCCUCGGCCUCGGGCAGCCCGGGCCCCAGCGACGGCGCGGCGGGCGGCGAGAAGCGCGCCCCGGCCCCGGCCCCGGCCUCGGCCGCCGCCGCCGCCACCUCCUCCUCGGCCGCGGGCUCGGCCUCGGCGGCGGCCCCGGCCACGGCCACGGCGGGCUCGGCGGGCUCCCCCGCGGGCGGCGAGGCGCUGGAGCUGCUGGAGAACUGCGGCGUGUGCCGGGAGCGCCUGCGGCCCGAGCGGGAGCCGCGCCUGCUGCCCUGCCUGCACUCGGCCUGCAGCGCCUGCCUCGGGGCCCCGGCGCCCGCCAGCAGCGGGGACGGCGACGGCGCGGUGGUGGACUGUCCGGUGUGCAAGCAGCAGUGCUUCUCCAAAGACAUUGUGGAGAACUACUUCAUGCGCGACAGCGGCGGCAAGGCUGCCAGCGACUCGCAGGAUGCCAACCAGUGCUGCACCAGCUGCGAGGACAACGCCCCCGCCACCAGCUACUGCGUGGAGUGCUCGGAGCCGCUGUGCGAGACGUGCGUGGAGGCGCACCAGCGCGUCAAGUACACCAAGGACCACACCGUGCGCUCCACCGGGCCGGCCAAGUCCAGAGAUGGCGAGCGCACGGUGUACUGCAACGUGCACAAGCAUGAGCCCCUAGUGCUGUUCUGUGAGAGCUGCGACACCCUGACCUGCCGGGACUGCCAGCUGAAUGCUCACAAGGACCACCAGUACCAGUUCUUGGAGGAUGCAGUGAGGAACCAGCGCAAGCUCUUGGCCUCUUUGGUGAAGCGCCUUGGGGACAAGCACGCAACGCUGCAGAAGAACACCAAGGAGGUCCGGAGCUCGAUCCGCCAGGUCUCGGAUGUGCAGAAGCGCGUACAGGUGGAUGUUAAGAUGGCCAUCCUGCAGAUCAUGAAGGAGCUGAACAAGCGGGGCCGCGUGCUGGUCAACGAUGCCCAGAAGGUGACGGAGGGCCAGCAGGAGCGCCUGGAGCGGCAGCACUGGACCAUGACUAAGAUCCAGAAGCACCAGGAACACAUCCUGCGCUUUGCCUCGUGGGCUCUGGAGAGUGACAACAACACUGCCCUGCUGCUGUCUAAGAAACUGAUCUACUUCCAGCUGCACCGAGCCCUCAAGAUGAUAGUGGACCCUGUGGAACCUCACGGCGAGAUGAAGUUUCAGUGGGACCUCAACGCCUGGACCAAGAGUGCGGAGGCCUUUGGCAAGAUAGUGGCAGAGCGUCCUGGCACCAACUCCACAGGCCCUGCCUCCAUGGCCCCUCCCCGGCCUCCAGGGCCCCUGAGCAAGCAGGGCCCCGGCGGUAGCCAGCCCAUGGAGGUGCAGGAAGGCUACGGCUUUGGCUCAGAUGACCCUUAUUCUACGGCAGAGCCCCAUGUUUCAGGCGUGAAGCGGGCCCGCCCAGGCGAGGGGGAGGUGAGUGGCCUCAUGCGGAAGGUGCCACGCGUGAGCCUGGAGCGGCUGGACCUGGACCUCACGGCUGACAGCCAGCCUCCAGUCUUCAAGGUCUUCCCGGGCAACACCACCGAGGACUACAGCCUCAUCGUCAUCGAGCGAGGAGCUGCCGCCGCGGCCGCUGCCGCGGCCGCCGCGGCCGCCGCAGCCGGACAGCCUGGGGUUGCAACCCCGGGAGCCCCGGGAGCCCCGGGAGCCCCGGCCCUGCCUGGCAUGGCCAUUGUUAAGGAAGAGGAGACAGAGGCUGCCAUCGGAGCUCCGCCCGCCGCCAGCGACGGGCCCGAGACCAAGCCUGUGCUGAUGCCCCUGGUGGAGGGCGCUGGCGUCGAGGGCCCCCGUCUGGCCUCCCCCAGUGGCAGCACCAGUUCAGGCUUGGAGGUGGUGGCCCCAGAGGGCACCUCGGGCUCAGUGGUUGGCCCCGGUGCUCUGGACGACAGUGCCACCAUCUGCCGGGUCUGCCAGAAGCCAGGCGACCUGGUCAUGUGCAACCAGUGCGAGUUCUGCUUCCAUCUAGACUGCCACCUGCCUGCCCUGCAGGAUGUGCCAGGGGAGGAGUGGAGCUGCUCGCUCUGCCACGUACUGCCUGACCUGAAGGAGGAGGAUGGCAGCCUGAGCCUGGACGUGGCUAACAGUGCUGGUGUGGUGGCCAAGCUCUCUCCAGCCAACCAGAGGAAGUGUGAGCGUGUGCUGCUAGCCUUGUUCUGCCACGAGCCCUGCCGGCCCCUGCACCAGCUGGCUACUGACUCCACCUUUUCCCUGGACCAGUCCGGUGGCACCCUGGAUCUCACCCUGAUCCGUGCCCGCCUCCAGGAGAAGUUGUCACCCCCUUACAGCUCCCCCCAGGAGUUUGCCCAGGAUGUGGGCCGCAUGUUCAAACAGUUCAAUAAGCUGACGGAGGACAAGGCAGACGUGCAGUCCAUCAUCGGCUUGCAGCGCUUCUUCGAGACUCGCAUGAAUGAGGCUUUUGGUGACACCAAGUUCUCAGCUGUGUUGGUGGAGCCGCCCCCCCCACUGAGCCUGCCUGGUGCCGGCCUGAGUGUCCAGGAGCUGUCCAGCGGCCCCAGUGACGGCCCUUAAGGCUGGAGUCCCCCUGACCAGCACGACCGGGCUUCUCUGACCUGUUACACCUCCCUUCCCCACCCCUCGGUAGCCUGGCUCCCGUUCCUUGGUGGCCCCAUCCCUCAGCCCUUCACAUUGUUUUUACUUCUGUGGAUUUAAUAAAAAUGGCACCAGUUA